UUUGGGAGCAAAACAAGCUUCACGGAGCGAAAGUGUAACGCCGCGGAGAACAGAAACGGAACCUGAGAACCAUGUUCGGGAGCCUGACUGCCGCCGCCUCCCUUCUCCUCCUGCUUGUGCCUGCGGCAGCAGGCCAAGACUGUUCCCAGCCCUGUGAGUGUCCCUCAGAGACCCCAACCUGCCCCAUAGGCACCAGCCUGCUCCUGGAUGGCUGUGGUUGCUGCAAGGUGUGUGCUAGGCAGGUGGGGGAGCCCUGUUCUCCGCUGGAGCCCUGUGACCACCAUAGGCAGCUGUACUGUCUCUCCACCGCCCUGGGCAACAGCGACACUGGGGUCUGCAUGGCCCGUGAAGGUCAGACGUGCGCCCUGGGUGGGGUCCUGUACCACAGCGGCGAGAGCUUCCAGCCGAGUUGCCGGCACCAGUGCGUCUGCAUGAAUGGCGAGAUCGGCUGCGUUCCAACAUGCGCAGUCAACGUGCGCCUACCGUCUCCCGCCUGCCCACACCCCCGGCGCGCGCUCAUACCCGGACAGUGCUGUGAGGAGUGGGUGUGCGACCCGGUCCCCAGCGACGGCCGCCUCCAGUCCAGCCUGCCCGAUUACAGAGACGCCCCAGAUUAUGGCCUGGAAGAUGAAGGCCCGCAAGCCAACUGCAUCACCCAGACCACCGAGUGGAGCGUGUGCUCCACCACCUGUGGCAUGGGGGUCUCCACCCGCGUCACCAACGACAACGAGGGCUGCCAGCUGGAGAAGCAGAGCCGGGUCUGCAUGAUCCGAAGGUGCCAAGCUGAACAGGGGGCCACUGCCAAGAGGGGGAAGCGGUGUCAGCGGAGCCCAAAAUCCCAGCAGGUCGUGCACUUCCAGCUGUCGGGCUGUACCAGCGUGCGGGCCUACAGACCCCGGUUCUGCGGGACGUGCACGGACGGCCGGUGCUGCACGCCCAAGGACACAGUCACCGGCGAGGUGGAGUUCCGCUGCCCUGAGGGCGAUGGCUUCCGCCGCAAGAUGAUGUUCAUCAAGUCCUGCUCCUGUCAUCGCAACUGCCCCCAUGACAAUGACAUCUUCCUCACCACCCACCUCCGCCAGAUGAGCGGGGACUACGAGAGCGGCAUGUGAGGACCACACCCGUGUGAGGGCCACGCCCGUGUGAGGGCCACGCCCAUAUCAGGACCAUGCCCAUGUGAGGGCCACGCCCAUAUCAGGACCAUGCCCGUGUGAGGGCCACGCCCAUAUCAGGACCAUGCCCAUGUGAGGGCCACGCCCAUAUCAGGACCACAACCAUGUGUGCUGGCAUUCACUGCAAACACGCAUACAAUAUGCAUUCUCUACACACGCUAGCACUACCUGCACUUGUGACACACAGACAUACACAUGCGCCGUUCUGUGCAUGGUUGUGUCCUGACCAGAGAUCUUCCUGGUCUCUCCAGAGAGGAGACCCUGCUAUCAGUGCACAAGUACUGACAGUCUGUUCAUGCAGAACUUAUAAAUAAGUCAUCGCCACACAGCAAAAAGCACUGAUAGCCUUGAGAUGACGCACCCCAGCUGUGUAUCGGACUUUGGAGCUGAGGGGUGUUGGGUCUCCAGAAAGACUGGUGCAGGGGCUGAUUUGGAAGGAUGGACCUGGAAAGCACAGCAGUGAUUUCACUCACAGAUUCCAUGAGCAUGCAGGACCCUUUGGGCUGCCCUCUAAAAUGCCUGAAAACGAGUUUAAUAAGUUCUAUCCAAUGAACAUGAGCAUUUUACAACGAGCAUUUUAAAUGCGGCUCAUUUGACAAUAUACUGUAUAUUGCUUAUCAUAUUUAUAUUUUAAUUGGAGGAAUAUUGUCUUAUGUAAAUACUGUAAAUAGCCCUUGUACAGUUUUGUACCAUAUUUAUGUUGAAUUCUUGAUUGCCCUUAUUAUAUUGUAGUCUAUCGCUAAAUCCACUACACUCCCUCCCCUACAGUGCAGUUGAGUAUAUAUUUCAGGCACCUAUGCACUUCCAAUAAAAGCUUAUAUUUUUUUAUGUGA